GGGGAUACUCCCCCGUGGCUCUCUGAUGAUGACCUCCAGAAGAUGCGACUGCUGGCCAGCGGGCGGGUGGUCUCCAAAACCCGCAUCCCAGCCCAUGGGCAAGUCCUGCGAGUGGGGCUGCGGGCCGUGGGGGACGCCGAGGGGGACACCUUGCCAGCCAGCCCAGAGGGGGACUGCUGGGAUGGGCGCUGCGGGCUCAUCAAGCGCCGUGGGGACCUCUACGAGGUUCUGGCCUUCCACCUGGACAGGGUGCUGGGGCUGAACCGCAGCCUGCCUGCCGUGGCCCGGCGCUUCACCAGCCGCCUCCUGCCCUACAGCUACACCGAUGGCUCCCUGAGACCCAUCAUCUGGUGGGCGCCCGACCUCCGGCACCUGGAGGACGCCAACAACGACCAGAACUCCUGCACCCUGGGGUGGCUGCAGUACCAGGAGAUGCUGCGGCCCCACGGACUGACGCUGGCAGUCGGGGACAGUUCCUGCUCCGGCAUCCCACGUGGCGAGUGGAGCCGCCUGGCCCUCUUUGACUUUCUCCUCCAGGUUCACGAUCGCCUGGACCGCUACUGCUGUGGGUUUCAGCCUGAUCCCUCCGAGCCCUGCAUGGAGGAGAUGCUCCACGAGAAGUGCCGAAACCCGGCGGAGCUGGUCCUGGUCCACAUCCUGGUCCGGAGGAGCGCACCGUCCCGCCUGGUGUUCAUCGACAAUGCGGGCAGGCCACAGCACCCUGAGGAGAAGCUCAACUUCAGGCUCCUGCAAGGCAUAGACAGCUUCCCGGCGGUGGCAGUGGCCACGCUGCGGUCGGGCAGGUUGCAGAGCCUGCUGCUGGAGUCGCUGCGCAUGGACCGGGAGCUCUGGGAGAGCCAGGGCGGCGCUGAGGGACUGAGACCCCUGCUUCGGACCAUCGACAGGCGGGCACGCGUCCUGCUGCAGUACAUCCAGGAGCACAACCUGACGGUGUUUGAGGACUCGCCGCACUGA